AUGAUAUCCCUAUUUGAGUUGAAAAACAAAGGAGUUUUUAAGAUCUUCAUUCGCAUACCCUUCUACAUAAAAAAUAUCUUUUUACUAGUGUCACUGAUCAUGAUCUAAGCUGUAAUAUACAUUGUAUAUUUUAGGAAAGAUGGACUUUCUGUAUAGAACAUCACAAAGGUACUCAAGGGAUUGAACUCAGAGACUUUCAACUAUCUGGAGGCACACUCAGAUAGUCUCAGACUUACCAAGCUACUUAAUAACUAUUAACUGCAAAUCACAAGUAAUCACUUUAUGGAUGAAUGCCUAAGAAUAAACAAGCCAUGUAAGUUUGAGGGCUUGGCUUUGGAAUGGGGAGCUUCCAAGAAUUGGCAAUUCGGUGAAGAAGGCUACGACUACCUGAUUGAUAAGUUUGGAGACUAAUAGGUGAAUGUUUACGAGUCUAAAGCAGAUGAAUAGGAUGUGAGACUAAGUUAGACUUAUUUCGAUAGUUUUAAGAGUGGCAAAGAAAAGCUCAUGACUUACAAAGAGUUUGUGCAAAAGAUGAGCACUUCUUAAAAUGAUUUAAAUCUUAGAGAAGGGGAUUUCAAGACUUAUGAUAAGUUGAAGGAUGACGUCGAAAACCCAUCAUUUAUGAAGGAUAUUAACAAUUUCUACAAGGUAGAGUUAAUCCAGGGCACUUAGUAUGUUCAGCAGCCAAAGUAUGAUAAAGAUGAGCAGAUUCUUUGCUAAGUUGAUGGAGUCCUUUAAAUUAAGCUGAUUCCACACGUGUACAGAUAAGAGUUAUAUACUGGUAAAGAUAGAGUGAUUAUGGAUACAGAGGCAGAAAAGAAAGUUGUGAUUAGAGUCGAUAAACUAAACGAGCAGUGCUCUCCGGUCAACUUCUUUGAACCAGACGAUGAGAGUUAUCCCUUAUUCUAAGAUAUCGAUAAAAAGUACACAGUAUUAUUGCAUGAAGGCGACUGUCUAUACAUUCCAGCUUUUUACUAUUACUAAUUCAUUGCAAAAACUUAGCAGCAACCAGAAGCCAAAGGACUAAAGCCCAGCUCUAUUUCAGUGUCUCUUAAAUAUCAUGGAAAUAGCGUGCUCUUAGAUACUUUUAUGAGAGCCAUAGAGCAGAAGAUCUUAACAUGA